AUAAAAUAAAUAAUUUCUUUUAUGAAAAGAAAUUAGGGUAUUUACACGUGAUUAAUGAAUUGUUAAAUGUUUCCAAGAUGCUUCUGGUCAUCCACAACAUUCCGAUGCAUAUGAAAUUUUACGAUGUGAAGAACUUGAUUCAAGAAAAAUGCGGUUUCAAAGAGGUUAUUUUGGAUAAUUUUACCGCUGAAGGCAACAACAACAAGCGCGUGACAGUUGGGCUAGCUGACGAGGGCGAUGCGGCUUUACUUGUUAGAAAAAUCAAUGGGCUCUUCCUCUCCGGAUGUCAGUUGUUCGUUGAGGAUAUGCGGCAGAAAAAAUCUUCAGAACAGCCCUACAGACCAAUAGAUAAUCCGCACGUCCCACAGCCCAGGCCAGACAAGAUAGCUCAGUACAACAGGCCCGAUGCCAGAAUGCCAACAGGCAUGCCAGCUCAGUCAGCACCUUCGAUGACUCCAAUGCCACCCGUGCAAAUGGCAUACAGUAAUCUGCCAUUUUACAUGUCACCGGUACAGGCUUCAUAUCCGACCUACGAAAAUCAGGCGGCGCAAGCGGCGAGCAAGCCGCCACUUCACGCCGCCUACUACCCAACGCAGCACCAACAGCCCGGCGUGGAGAACCAGUGGAACAUUCUACCGGCGUAUGCGUCGCAACCAGCAAAGCAGCAUUCACCUGCUCCCGUCGUGAACAGUCGCGACUCGGAGUGGGAGGAGAGGGAUCCGUCCCGUUCCCCGUCCCGCAGCCCCGACCGGGACGAUGACUGGCGCGACAGUAAGAGGCAUGCGGAACCAUCUAGAAGCGAACGAGGUCGUCGAUCCCCCGAACGAGACCGGGAGAGAUACGGCAAAAAAGCCUCAAAAAGUUCUAGACGGAUAGAAUCUGGCGGCAGGUCGAGACGUGACAUCCGCGACCGCUCGCCCCCGCGGAGUCGCGAAGACAGUCGCUCUUCCAGGCACGACGAAGACCUCAUGCAAUCCAAAAGUUCCUCGUACGUAGAACGAUCGCCCCCGCGCGAUCGAGCAUUCGAAAGACACAGACGUGAUGACCGUCGUUCUUUCGAACAGCGUGACAGACGCCGCUCGGGCGACCGUCGCGGCCGCGAUCGAGAUCGCAAACGUAGCCCCGAAAAAUCUCGCGAUUACGACAACUCAGACGACGACAGCGACUAUGAUAAACAUAGAGAGGACCACGAGCACGAUCGUCGAAACUACGGAAAGAAAAAUCGUUACUCGUACUCGGACGCCUCUAGUUCGAGUUCUAAGACUUACGGCAACGAUCCCGAUAAUUCCACUUUCAGUGUAUCGAAUGCGAACAUUUUUGACAAGCGAGGUAACGCCCGAGACGAUAGCUUUAGUGGCAAAGAAAGUGGCACAAAACGUGGUAGUUUCGAUCGUAAAGCUGCCCCUACGCCUAAACGGGCUCGAAAAGAUCAGGACAAAGACGCGGGUGCGGCGCCUAAGGUCGAUGCCGCGAAGCCGAUCGAGCCCCCCGCUCCUGAUAUGCGAAAAAUGAUCAUCAGGCACAACAAUUGGCGUUACCAGGUCGCUAGCAUUUUGGCACAGCAAAUAAUGUCCGCAGCGCGCGGGCCCGGCCCUAUUCCGAACAAAGCACAUAUAUUUAAGGAGCUGAAGAAGUGCGUCGUUGCCCGCAUUGACGUGCGCUUGGGCGACACCAUCGUGAAAUCGUUGAUGGAGAUGAUAGAGUCCUAUCGUUCGAGGUUCCCUCCCGAAGAUGACGUAACUUUCUUCAACGCAGUCAUGGAGAAGAUAGAGCACGACGAGAAAGAGUCCGCAGCGAGUGCAGCGUCAGAUACUACCAGUGAAGAUGACAAUGCCAAGAAGGCAAAGGCGCCAGGUGAUAUUGCAGCGAAUUUGGCCGAAGACACUAACCUGAUGCCGCCACCCACCGCUCCCGGCCAGGUCCGGCCUCCAAACAUUAAUACAGAGCCAACGGUUCCUCCUUUCCAAAUGAGAGCGCCAACUGCAACUCCAACAUUCCAGAAUCCACCACCCCAAAUCCAGAACACUGCACCAAACGUGAUGCCACAAUUCCAGAACUCUGCACAAAUUUCGGCUCUACAAUUCCUGAACAAUGUUUUUACUUCGCAAUUCCAAAACACCGUACCGUCUCCUUCAAUGGUCGUCACCCCGAAUCCUAACCCCUACUACCAAAACAGAGCUCCAACGCCGAUUCCUCAGUUCCAAAACAGAGGGCCUCAUCCUAACCCCCACUACCAGAAUGUACCGCGAAAUCCCAAUCCACAGUUCGCGAACCGAGUUCCAGGACCAAGAUUCCAGCAAAAACCAACUCCCCAAUACCAACCUGGACCGUCUUCCAAGGGCAAAAACAGAAUACUAAAAGAUGUUACCAUUACCAGUACGACCGCAUCACGGACACAAUACAAAUGGACUAAAAAGGAUGUAGCAGAGCAAAAAAAAAUACAUAAGAUGGAAUUGGAAAACGACGACAUGUAUCCCAUGGAGCCAGUGCUUAAACAGGCGCUAGACAACGAAAUCGCAGCAAUAAUGACAUUGUAUUCAGCUCGACCUGACUAUUUCAUGAAGAAAGCUGAAAAUGAUCUAUUCAAAAUAAUUGCCCACGAGACUGCCAAUCGAUUCAAAAAGGUGUUGAAAAUGGGUCUAACAAAACGCGUUCUGGACAUCAAAACGGCACUUGUUUUACGUAUCUUCCCUGUCAACAAGUGGCCAAACCACAUGGAGUUCCAAGCGUGGAUGAAAAAGCAUGGCGUACUCAGCAUCAAGCAAUGCCCCAAAAUGUUCGUGGCACAUUGCCACAGCUAUGAAGAUUACGACAGACUGGUGGCAAUGGGAACUUUCAGAGUUGGGGACGCAAUAAUGGAGAUCAAAACUAUGCACGUCGGCGGCCCCCCGAAAAGCUUGAAGGAGAGAAAACGAGAGCUCUACAAGCAACAGCUGCAAGUGCAGGGCCCUACGGAUAUGCUCCUGUUCGACCAGGACGAGGACGCCGCAGAUACUUCAUACGAAGACCAAGAAGGCAUAGACAGCAGAGAACAAGAAGAAAUAGAAGAGGACAUGGAAUAUGAAGAACAAGAAGGCAUAAAAAUUGAAAAACAAGAUGAUAUAGAAAAUGAAGAACAAGAGGGCAUUGAAAAUGCAGAACAAGAGGGCAUAGAAAAUGAAGGGCAAGAGGGUGAAGGUAACGUAGAAGAGAAUAUACCCAAUGCAGACGCUACAGAAAACGAUGACGUAGUGAUUGUGGAACAGGAAAAAGAGAUGAUAACUAUAUCAGAUGAUGACGUCACCGCACCAACAAAUACUGAUGAUGAUCAAGGAACAGAGUGGACUGAAGGUGAUCAAGGAGCAGAGUUGACGGAGGGUGGUCAAGGAACAGAGUUGACGGAGGGUGGUCAAGGAACAGAGUUGACGGAGGGUGGUCAAGGAACAGAGUUGACGGAGGAUGGUCAAAGUACAGAGUUGACGGAGGGUGGUCAAGGAACAGAGUUGACGGAGGGUGGUCAAGGAACAGAGUUGACGGAGGGUGGUCAAGGAACAGAGUUGACGGAGGGUGGUCAAGGAACAGAGUUGACGGAGGGUGGUCAAGGAACAGAGUUGACGGAGGAUGGUCAAAGUACAGAGUUGACUAAAAGUGACCAAAGAACAGAGUGGGCUGAAGGUGAUCACGGAACAGAGUGGAGUGAAGAUGGUCAAGGAACAGAGUGGACUGAAGGUGGUCAAGGAAUAGAGUGGACUGAGGGUGGUCAAGGAACAGAGUUGACUGAGGAUGAUCAAGGAACAGAGUUGACUGAAGGUGAUCAAGGAACAGAGUUGACUGAGGGUGGUCAAGAUACAGAGUUGACUGAGGGUGGCCAAGCAACAGAGUUGACGGAGGGUGGUCAAGGAACAGAGUUGACUGAAGGUGAUCAAGGAGCAGAGUUAGCUGAAAGUGUUGAUACAGACAGUGGCAAUCAAAAUGAUUGUAAUGUUACUACAGCUAAAGAUGGAACUAAUGUCGAGUCUUUGGAAAAGGAAACUCAAAACACCGCAGAAAAUGAACAGAACGAAUUAGAUUUAUUGGAAAAAGGUGAAGAGUCAUCAGAAAAGGAAGUUUCAGAAGACAAUGUGGACGCAGAAGCCAAUGAUAUAGAGGAUGAUGAUUUAGAGGAUUUCUAAGAAUAAAGGGAAAAUAUUAUUUUAA